GCCGCAGCAGCAGCCAUGAACGUGGCGGGCCUGGACGGCGCCGCGGGAGCAGCGCCGCGCAUGCCCACCAAGCGCCGCCUGCCCGCCGCCACCGACCCGCACCGGCUCUUCGAGGACACGAGCGCGGCGCCCCCUCCGCUCGCCCCCGCGGGGCCGCCUCCCGGCAGGGCCGCCUUCCCCGACCAGGCCGCCUUCCUGUCUGAGCCCGUCUCCAGCUUCGCCGCGGCCUACGGGAGCAGCCUGGCCACGCAGGGCAAGGAGCUCGUGGACCGCAACAUUUACCGCUUCAUCCCGGUGACCAAGCUGAAGUACUACUUCGCGGUGGACACCGUCUAUGUUGGCAAAAAACUGGGGCUGCUGCUGUUCCCCUUCCUGCACCAGGACUGGCAGGUGCAGUACCAGCAGGACACCCCCGUGGCACCGCGUUUUGAUGUCAAUGCCCCUGACCUCUACAUUCCAGUCAUGGCAUUUAUCACCUACAUUCUGGUGGCAGGGCUGGCGCUAGGAACACAGAAUAGAUUCUCCCCAGACCUUCUGGGAUUGCAGGCAAGUUCGGCCCUGGCUUGGCUUAUCGUCGAGGUCUUGGCUGUCCUCAUCAGCCUCUACCUGAUUACUGUCAACACCGACUUGUCCACCAUCGAUUUGGUUGCCUUCUCGGGGUACAAAUACGUUGGGAUGAUUGUGGGCCUCUUGGCCGGGCUGCUUUUCGGGAAGACGGGCUAUUACCUGCUGCUGAGCUGGUGCUGUGUCACGAUUUUUGUCUUCAUGAUCCGGACACUGCGCCUGAAGAUCCUGUCUGAGGCAGCCGCAGAAGGAGUGCUGGUGCGGAGUGCCAAAAACCAGCUGCGCAUGUACCUGACCAUGGCUGUGGCUGGCCUACAGCCGCUCAUCAUGUAUUGGCUCACUUUCCACCUUGUCCACUGAUGGCCCUGCUCCGACAAGCCCGGCCCUUCUCCAGGAAAGGCAGCUUGAAAGAGACACGGUCUUGAGCCUCUGCUGCUCCAGCCAACACCGCAAUGAUGCCUACUAAUGUUGAUGCGUGUGUGACGUGGUGGAGGCGUGGGCUGGUGGGCAGCGGGGCUGUGUCUGUGGAUCAGAGAAGGGCAGGUGGGCGGGCGGGCAGGGCUGAGGCAGCUGCUUCUGGUGCUCCCGGCUCUCCUUUGGAAAGGGAGAAGGCAGGCGCCAGGGUGGCUCCCUCUGCUUGAGGCACUGCGCCCACCCCACUCACCUCUGCAUGCGUCGCACGGCUCCUGUGCUUGCUGGGCACAGUGGCGGCUGGAGUGGAAGCACUGGUUUGUCCAAGCAUCUCUUGUGUCAGCUCAAGUCGCUGCUGCUUGCGAGUGACUCUACUACUGCAGCAGGGAGGCAAUUGGGGCGGGGUCUAGAGGAGCCUGUCUGAUCCCCCCCAGCCCCAAAUGGUGUUUGCUCUUCGGUUAGUAGUGUGGCUGACUGUGCUGUUCCCACAACAAGCAAAAUAAAAAGUGAAAACCA